AUGCUACGAGCAUAUUGUCAUCACAAACAUUCUAGCUGGGUCAAGUGGUUAGAAACUGUGGAAUACUGGUUGAAUAAUACCACGCAUCAUUCCACCGGUUUCACACCAAACCAAAUAUUGACUGGUAAAACAUUACAACUACCAUUAAAUAAAUUUGUGAAUUUACCAGAAAUGAAUGAUGAAGUCGAAACAGCAGUUAUGAUACAGUUGGCACAGAAGAAACUAAAGAAAAGUGCAAUAAACCGCAAUACCACUAAAGACCAGGGUAGGAGGUUUCCAACAUAUGUGGUAGGUCAACAAGUCUUGGUAAAAGAACAUCGUCUAUCAUCAGCGAUCGACGGAGCAAUUCAUAAGUUUUUCUUAUUAUACCGAGGACCUUAUACGAUAGUCCAAGUGUUAAGGAACAAUACGGUGGUCAUUGAAGAUGAGAAGAGCAAACCUGUCACUCAGAACAUGAAGAACAUAAAACUUUAUGUCCCUCCAGACCCAGGGAAACAGGAGGAACAAAAAGCAAAACAAAACUAA